AUGAAGUAAAUUGCUCAUAAUAAGAUAAUCGUUUAAUUAUUACAAUUUUUAGUUCGUCUAACUGCUAAUGAUGACCAAUUCAUUGUAUGUGGAUCAAAUUCAUUAAAUUUAUUAAUUGAAAUGAAGAUUGAUCUGAGAAAUUAGAAUCUUUAAAAUAUCAAGAUUAAGAAUACUACUAUUGUUGGGGGUAAUUUUGUAAGAUGUAAUUUAAGUGGAUCGGAAUUCGAUAAUGUAGAUAUUAGUGGAGUGAACUUAAAUGGAGCUUAACUAUUUAAUUGUAGAUGGAAGAAUUUGAAAAUACAAGAAUUGAAUAAAUUUGUAGGUCAUAGAAAUGCAGUAAGGUCAGUAUGUUUUUCUCCUGAUGGUACUACAUUAGCAUCUGGUAGUAAUGAUAAGUCAAUACGUCUAUGGGAUGUGAAAACAGGAUAAUAAAAAGGCAAAUUGGAUGGUCAUAGUGAUUCUGUCCGAACAGUAGGCUUCUCACCAGACGGUACUGUUUUAGCAUCUUGUAAUCAUGAUAAGUCUAUUCGUUUAUGGGAUGUUAAGACAAGAAAAAAAAAGGCCAAAUUAGAAGGUCAUACUCUUGGUGUAAACAUAUUCUGUUUCUCUUUUGAUUGUACUACCUUAGCAUCUGGUGGUGAAGAUAAGUCCAUUCGUUUAUGGGAUGUUAAGACAGGAUUAUAAAAAGCUAAAUUAGAUGGUCAUCGUAAUUCAGUCUUAUCAAUCUGUUUUUCUCCUGAUGUCACUACAUUAGCAUCUGGUAGUGCUGAUAAGUCCAUUCGUUUAUGGGAUGUUAAGACAAGAUAAUAAAAAGCCAAAUUGGAUGGUCACACUAGUAAUUUAUACUCGGUCUGUUUCUCUCCUAAUGGUACUACAUUAGGAUUCGGUAGUGUAGAUAACUCUAUCUAUUUAUGGGAUGUUAAGACAGUAUAAAAAAAAGCAAAAUUAGAAGGUCAUAUUAGCACAGUCUUAUAAGUCUGUUUCUCCCCUGAUGGCUCUACAUUAGCAUCUAGUAGUUAUGAUAAAUCUAUCCGUUUAUGGGAUUUUGAAGCAGGUUAAUAAAUAGCCAAAUUCGAUGGUCAUUAAUACUAAAUCAACUCAAUUUGUUUCUCUCCUGAUGGUACUACAUUAGCAUCUAGUAGUGAGGGUAAGUCUAUAGGGUUAUGGGAUGUUAAGACAGUAUAAUAAACAACCAAAUUAGAUGGUCAUUAAUAUUCAAUAAACUCAGUUUGUUUCUCCCCUGAUGGUACUACAUUAGCAUCUGUUAGUAUUGAUAAGUCUAUACUUUUAUGGGAUGUUAAGACAGGAAAAUAAAAAUCCAAACUGAAAGGUCAUUCUGUCUGCUUCAGUCUUGACGGUACUCUCUUAGCAUUUGGUAGUUAUGAUAAGUCUAUUGGUUUAUGGGAUGUUAAAACUGGAGAAUAAAAAACCAAAUUGGAUGGUCAUACUAGCAAUGUCUACUCAGUGUGUUUCUCUCCUGAUGGAACUCUAUUAGCAUCUGGAAGUGCUGAUAAAUCUAUCCGUUUAUGGGAUGUUAAGACAAGAUAAUAAAUAGCCAAAUUAGAUGAUCAUAUUAGUAAUGUAUACUCGGUCUGUUUCUCUCCUGAUGGUUCUAUAUUAGCAUCCUGCAGUGUAGAUAAGUCUAUUUAUUUAUGGGAUAUUAAAACUGGAUAAUAAAAACUCAUAUUAAAUGGCCAUAGUAAUUAUGUAAGAUAAGUUUGUUUCUCUCCUGAUGGUAUGACAUUAGCAUCUUGUAGUGCAGAUAAGUCUAUCCGUUUAUGGGAUGUUAUAACUGGAUAAUAAAAAGCCAUAUUGAAUGGUCAUAGCGAAUUGGUUCAAUCAAUUUGUUUUUCUCCUAAUGGUAUUAAUUUAGCUUCUGGUAGUUGGGAUAACUCUAUCCGUUUAUGGGAUAUUAAAACAGGAUAAUAAAAAGCCAUAUUGAAUGGUCAUACUAACUAUGUCAAUUCAGUUUGUUUCUCUCCUGAUAGUACUACUUUAGCAUCUAGUAGUCGUGAUGAAUCUAUCCGUUUAUGGCAUAUACAGACUGAAUAAUAAAUUUAAUCUGCAGAUAAUCUUAACAAAGAAAUUUUAGCAUAAUUUAAAAAUCCAUCCUUUUAAAAUAAUUCUAUUACUAAAAGUAAUAUUUUUCUAAGAGUAUUUUAGUUAACCCCAAUAUUCCGAUUCUAGUAAUAGCUACAUAUCCAUAUUUUUUAGCAAAUGGUGCUUUUAUUUAAAAUGGAAAAUUUGUUCAUCAAUCAGGAAUUGAUUUAUUGACAUUAUUUAAAUAAAGAGGAUGUUUUAUUUUUUAAAAUAAAAUACCAAAAGAAUAACUGUAAAUGUGA